AUGAAACGAUUAUCGGAUGAACAAGAGUCAGUAAUUAAACGUCGUCGACGUGUUUUUGUUUCUUCCUUAUCAACAACAUCAGCUGAAAUCAAUGAAUAUGAAGAAGAAAUUAUUAUUAAUGAACAUAUUAUUCCAGUAGACAGUCAAAAUGAUCAUAAUGAAGAUGAUAUUAUUGAAAUAGUACAUGAAAAUAUGAAUAGUACAUAUCAACAAAUGGAUCAUACAAUUAUAGUGCUUUCAGAUUCUGAUUUAGAUGAGGAUCAAAUCAUUGACGUAACUGAUAAUAAUUUUCUAUCAAUAACACCAAUAAUCAAUGCACUAAUAUCAUCACCUUUUAAUGAAUUAGUCGAAACAAUUGAAAUUAAUGAAAUAAAUUUUGAAAAUGUUCAUGAGUUAAUUGAUUUAACAGAUGAUGAAACAAAUUCUAUUUGUUGUUCAUCGAAUAAACUUGAACAUCAAUCAUCAAUUGAUGUUGAACAAUGCCCAAUAUGUUUAGAAACUCUUACUGAUUUACAAUAUACAGGUGUUUAUUUAAUAAUUACACAAUGUAGUCAUAUUAUGUGUACAUUAUGUAGUCGUCAAUUAUUAGCUACAUCAUCUCGAUGUCCAUUAUGUCGAAAGAAUCUCAAUUCAAAUACACUUCUGCCAUAUUAUAUAAUGGCUCUUGCUGCUAUUCAAGCAUCAUAUAAUGAUGAUGAUGGUAAUGAUGAGAAAAGUACAGCAAAGGAUGAAGAAGAAAUCUAUAAUCAAGUGGCUGUAAUAACGGAUCCAGCAUUUUCUGUUAUGUCAAAAAUAAAACUUGAUUUAGCACCAGUUAUUGCUAUUCAGAAUAUUCCAAUUUUAUUUGUUCUUAUUUCAUUAUAA